AUGGGACAGUUCCAGCUGCAGAAUGUCAUGAACUCGACUUGGGCCUUUGCGAAGCUCAGCUGUGCUGAUGCCGAGCUCAUGGCUCGCUUCACGUCUGAGUUGCCUCGGCGUGAUCUGUCAGCUGGUGACCUUACGGUUGCGGCAUGGUGCUGUGCAAGUGCAGAGCACUGCAACGAGCAGUUCCUCCAGAAGCUGGCGAAAGACAUCCUCAGAAAGCUGUCGAGCAUGGGUUACCAGGACUUGGCCAAUGUCUCCUGGGCAUUUGCCAAGCUCGGCAUCCAAAACGAUGAGCUGUUCGAGGCUCUUGCCGAGGAGGUCACCAGGCAGCUCCCGCAGUUCGAACCGCAGAAUCUUGCCAUUACGGCGUGGGCCUUCGCCACCUUGGCCCGUGUGGAGGAGCGGAUGCUCCAGGCGAUUGCCGAAGAGUCACAGCGCAAGAUCGCCAGGUUUGACCCGCAGUGCUGCGCAAACCUCCUCUACGCGUUCGGCAAGCUUGCGGUGCAAGAUGAAAAGAUGCUGGAGCUGGUGGUUGACCGAGUGGAGUUGACGGCAGACAGGUUCAGGAUGCUGGAGCUUUGCAAUUCCGCGUGGGGCAUCUCGAAGAUGACCUUGCCGUUGGAGAAGAUCGACAAGGGCAUGCAGUGUGCCCGGCGAUGCAUGGGUGAUGCCUAUGGCCUGGACGACCUCCUGGAUGCUGCCAGGGAUGGGCAGCUUUCUGAGGUCAAAGAGAUCCUUGCGAAGCAAUCGGCUAGCCAGACCAGCCUCAGGGCAGCACUUCGGCAUUCCGACAUUGAGCGAUGGACACCGUUACACUUCGCAGCGGGCAAUGACCAUGCGGAGGUGGUGGGCGUCCUGCUCAGGCACCGCGCUGAUGCGCUGGCCAAGACAUACAAGGGCGACACGCCCUUACACUGCGCUUGCCGCCAUGAUGCAGCCAAAGCCGUGUUGCAGCUUCUGGACAAGUCCUCACACAGUACAGCAGAACUUCUUCGCGCCACGAACAGGCGCAACGAAACAGCACUGCACGUCGCGGCGGUGGCGGCAUCACCGCAGCUUUGGGCAAGUCUUGGGGAAGCAGCCAAGGACUGCCCGGAACCCGUGUGCUUGGAAGAGCGCUCCGAUGGUGGCGGCACUGCUCUCCACUACGCUGCGCUGGAAGGAAACGCGGUUGCCUUCCAAACCUUGCUGGAAGCAAGGGCAGACGCGUUUGCAGUGGACCUGGAGGGUCGCACACCGCGUGACCUGGUAGUGACCACGCAGCUCGAGAAUUUGCUCGGCAGGGAGGCCAGCUAUGGCUUGACCCAGGAGGACCGUGUGGAGAAGCUGGUUGCGCUCGGCCGCGGGCUGCUUGCGCAGAGCAAGUUCGACAGGGCCAUCAAGGCUUUCCACCACACACUCCAGGCUGCAGAAGUUGCGCCGGGGAAGGGCGAGCCAAGAGAAGCUCAGCUGGAUUGGGGAAGAGAGGAGAUGUGCCGACAGCUUGAGCAGCAGCUGAAAGCGGGCGAAACCAUGCAGGCCGAGCUAGGCCUAGGCGGCCUGGGCCAAUCAAUUGACCUCUGCAGCCUUCGCAAGACAUUGCCGCAAAGACUCCCGGAGCAAGAGGGGCGGAUCUAUGAGGGUCUAUCAGAUCCGCCGGCGAGCUUGCGGAGUUUGGUGGCGGAUGCCCUGCUGGGGCUCUGCUACGCGCACCUGGGUUGUGGCGAGCGGCAGCAUUGCAUCGCAGCCGCAGGGGCUGCUCUCCGGUUGUCACCUGCGUCCUGGCAGGCAUUCUUCGCUCGCGGAACGGUGUACCUCCAGGGUGGAGACUUGCCAGAAGCAGAACAGGACCUCAAAGAGGCGUGGCGACUCCGGGACAAGAUGCCGAAGUCUGACGAGGAGGUCCUGCGGGCCCGCAUUGGCACGCUUCGGCAGCUCCAGAGCGAGGAAGCAACAGCGGCACGGCGCAUGCUUGGUCUAGGUGUGAUGGACCUGGACACAAUGGACUGA